AUGGGGAUCGUGUGCCAUAAUCCCAUCCGAGAGUCGCAGAGGUGCCCGGUUUUUGGGCUCGCCGCCAUCCCAACAGCCGGUGCUUCAUCCACUUCCUCUGCUCCCUCUUGUGGGAUGGGGCUGACCCCCAUUUUUCCUGACCCCAACAGGCCCCUCUCCCUGCUGGGACUAGGACUCCUUGAUGAAUUUAAGGCUGCACACUCGCUGGCAUCUCCUUCAGCGGAAAGUAUCCCAUUGGAGGUGGGACUCCCUGGCUCGGCGUACCAUGACCCACUGGGCCAUUGCUCCUCAGGGUUUCUGAACCGAAUUCAAUACUGGAAGUUUUCCCGGCUUUCUGGCUCAUAUGCUGGAGGAAUCCUUGCUGCGGGGGUGUUUUCAUUUUCUCGUCUAACAUGGCAGUGGUCCAUCGCGGCGGAGGUUUUUAGCUUAAACAAUCUGUUUGUGGGGCUGCUGAUGGCUCUCACCGCGCAUUUUGAGGAGGCAUCCACUGCAAAAGAGAGAUCAAAGGUCUCUAAACUUGGUGCCUUUUGCUGUGGGCUCAGUUUGUGCAAUCAGCACACGAUAGUGCUUUAUAUCGCGUGUAUCGUGCCUUGGGUUCUCUCCCGCCUUUUCAGAAGGACGGAAUUGUCCCCAGGCCAUUUGCUGAAGUUGGGUUUAUGCUUCUUGGCUGGUUUGCUGCCUUAUCUCUAUCUGCCGGCUUCAUCCUACCUCAAUCGAGCCCGUUGGACAUGGGGAGACCAGACGACAUUUCAAGGAUUUUUGACCCACUUUCUCAGGGAAGAAUAUGGGACAUUCAAUCUGGCCAAGUCCGAGACAGGCUGCAGUAUGACAGAGAUGCUGAUUUUUCAGCUGGCGCAGAUGAAGUCGGAGCUCUCCCUGCCCGUCCUGGCCCUGGCACUCGUGGCUUGCGUGAGCGCAGCGCUGCCGACAAAGCAGCAGAAAUCACCCGUGAUCUGGCUCUUCACUGGAAUGCUCUGUCUUUAUUCCCUUUUCUUCGCUUGGAGAGCAAAUUUGGAUAUUACGAAACCUCUGUUUCUGGGCGUGGUGGAGCGGUUCUGGCUGCAGAGCAGUGCCGUGGUGGCCGUGUUGGCGGGGCUGGGACUGGCCGCGCUUGUGUCCAUUGGAAGCACCGUGCUGGAGGGCAGCUGGAUGCUGCCGUGGUUGGAGUGGCUUUCCACUCUUGCUCUCGUCGUUUCUCAAAUUUGGACAAAUUACAGCACUUGUGACCAGAGCAACAACUAUGUUGUCGAUAAGUUUGCAAGGAAUCUGCUGUCCUCUAUGCCGACGGGUGCCGUGAUCUUACUAAGAGGAGACUUACCUGGGAACGCUCUUCGUUAUGUUCAUUACUGCGAAGGGAUGAGGCCAGAUAUCACCUUAGUGGACCAGGAGAUGAUGACUUACAAAUGGUAUUUACCCAAGCUGGCAAAGCAUUUACCUGGUGUUUAUUUUCCUGGGAACCGGUGGAAUCCUGUGGAAGGAGUAUUACCCGAUGGGACGCUUGCUUUUAAUCUCCAUCGUUUCCUCAAAGUAAAUAAACAUAAGGAGGUGUUUGUCUGCAUAGGUCUUCACGAAGGGGACUCGACCUGGAGAAGGGGCUAUUCGCUCUGGCCGUGGGGUACGUGUGAAAAGUUGGUUCCUUCCAAUGUUGUCUUUGACCCAGGAGAGUGGAUUCGUCGUACAAGAAAUCUCUAUAACUGGACUGAAGACUACGGCAGUUUCAAGCCCUCUUCCUGGGAAGCUGUCGCCAACGAGGAGAUGUGGCAAGCCAGGAUGAAAACAGCUUUCUUUAUAUUUGACCUCGCAGAAACUGCCAGUGUGACUGCAGAAGUGAAGUCACAACUUUACACCUUUGCGUACAAUUCGUACAAAGAAAUUGUCAACUCGCAUCCAAAUCACCCGGUGAACUGGCACAAAAACUACGCCAUCGCCUGCGAGAGGAUGUUGCGUCUCCGUCGGAUGGAUGCAGAUCCCGAAGCGUUGCUCUCCGAAACUGUGAAGCAUUUCCUCCUGUACACCGAGAAAGCGGAGGACGAUCCCCAGGGGCAGGAUAUUCUGCAGGCUGUGGAGCACCUGAAGAAAGAGCUGCAGGGGCUAAAGAAAAUGAAAGAAGAUCUGAAGCGGCGAGCUGGGUAG